CUAAGCCUAAUGCGCAUAUGUACAGUCGUCUCUGUGUCGUCGUAGAGGUUGACAGCCUUGGCAAUGAGCUGCUGAUCUUCGGGUUAAAAAUAUCGUCAUUCUAGAACAUAAGUGAGUAAGGGAAGAUCAUGUUGAGGGUCUUUUUGAGAGGAGCUAAUACUAAAGCCCAGAAGUGCUUGUAUGGAAGAGCUCACCCCACCAAUCUGCAACACCAUCGACACUAUACUUCAGGAGAGUCCAGUGGUGCUGCUAAGGUGGUUGCAGUGGGUUUGGUGACAUUAGGUAGUAGCAUUGGAGGUACAGUGCUCUACGCUAAAUGGGACCCGAAGUUCAGGACAGCAGUGGAGAAGAAUAUUCCUUACUCUGAUUGGCUAUUGGGUAUGGCCUUGGGGCCCAACCCCUACAGCCCUGUCACUGCCCACAAGAAACAGGUGGAGUUGUCCCAGCCUCCCUCUAUGAUGACAGAGGAGUCCAGGUCCUCCAAGAUCAAAAAGGAAAAAAAUAUAAAGGAAGAGCCAUCAGUGAGUACUGCUUCCGAGACGACCUCUGCCCCAGUAUACUCAGCACAGAGUAUAGAGGAAUCUUCUGCAGAAGCAUCUCAUAUCAUCUCAGCCAUCAGUGAGGUUCCUUCAGUACCUGCUCCUCAUGACACUGAGGCCGCAGUACUCACAGAGGAGUGUAAAGAGUGCCAUCACCAUGGUGACACACCAGUGCCAGCGAUGGUUGAAGCUGUUGACAGUAUGACAGAGGGUCCACUGAAAGAGCGUCCUGCAGAAGAAGUGACAGCUAGACUGGCUCAACAAGAGCAGGAGGAUCAGGACAUACUAGCAUCUGUAUCAGCCAGUCUUGAAGAGUCACUGGCUAGCUCAGCAAAAACUACACUGCAGGCCAUUGGAGCACAGGAGGCAGCAUUGCAAGCUAUUGGGUCACACACACACAAACUGAAGGAGGCUAUGGAAGCAGAGGUUCCACCUGACCAAAAAUCAGCUCAGUGGAGGGAUCUAGAGACUGCUUUGGCUGAAAGACGUUCAACUGUAAAUGAUGCUGGAGCUGCUCUGUUGAAGGCCAGGGAUGCUCUGGACUCUCUGAGGUCAGUCAUUGACAAAGCCAAAGAAUCAAAGGUUGCCGCUGUCCAGCCUUUGGUUUUAGCAGCAGAGGAAAAUCUCCACAGCAUGGUUGUGGACUUAGACCAGGCGGUCACUAAGGUGCAGUCGGCAGAGUCAGAGGCUAAGAUUGUUUCCCAAUAUACUGAACUGGUUAAUGAGGCCAAAAGACAGUUCCAGAAGGAAUUAAGCAGCCUUACUCCAGAGAUCCAGGCCAACUGGAAGGGACUCACUGGUAAAUUGUCUGCAGAUGAUCUGAAUGCCCUGAUUGCCCAUGCACACCGUCGCAUUGACCAGCUGAACCGAGAGCUGGCUGAGCAGAGAGUCAGAGAGCAAGUCCAUAUAGAGGCAGCCCUCGAGCAGCAGAAACUUGAAGAUCAGAAAGCCCUGGAUAAAGCUGUUCACACUGCCACGCAGCACAGCAAGGAGGAGGCCAGACUGGAACAGGAGAGAAAGCUGUCUGAGUUGAGAGAGGUGAUGGAGGCAGAGAUGAGGACUCAGCUCCGUCGACAGGCAGCAGCGCACACAGACCACCUCAGAGAUAUCCUCAAAGUCCAAGAACAGGAGCUUCGAUCUGAGGCUGAGCAGGUUCUGAACAGUAAGAUGUUGGAACAAGAGACCCACUACCGCCAGCUGACCCAGGAGCAGCUGGAUAACUUCACUCUGGACAUGAAUGCUGCCUAUGCCAGACUGAAGGGGAUGGAGGAAGCCAUAGACAGUCAUGUGAUAGCAGAGGAAGAGGCCCGUAAAGCUCACCAGCUCUGGUUGUCUGUAGAAGCUCUCAGCUACACCUUGAAGACUGCUGGCUCUGAUUUGCCCACCAAGCCUCUUGAGAGUGCUGUCCAAGCCAUUCAAGACAGCUGCUGCAACAACGAGUUUGCCCUGGCUCUGGCCUCAGCUCUUCCAGAAGAAUCCCUACGCCGUGGCGUUUACAGUGAGGCCUCCCUCCGAUCCCGCUUUAACUCCCUACGCUCGAUGGUUCGCCGGGUUGCCCUAAUUGAUGAAUCCCACAAUUCCUUAUACCAGUACUUCUUGUCUUACCUUCAGGCUGCACUGCUGUUUGAGGAGAAACAGGCGAUGCCACCCACCCAGCUGACCAAUGAAGAUUUAGAUCCAUUUAAGCUUCUGUCUUAUGCCAGUUACUGCUUAGAGCAUGAGGAUCUUGAGUUGGCAGCCAAAUUUGUGAACCAGCUGAGAGGAGAGGCUAGGAGAGUGGUGCAGGACUGGCUAACUGAAGCCAGACUGACACUGGAGACCAGGCAGGUAGUUACUCUGCUGUCAGCCUAUGCCAAUGCUGUGGGUUUAGGAACCACCCAGGCUCCAUAGGCUUAAACUCCAAUUAUACCCAACAGCCCUAAACCCCUAACCCUCACACUCUUUCUACACACGUCCAGGUGAAGUCACCAUCAUCCCUACCACUGGCCCCACAGUGGGAGCUGUAAUUAUAUGGCAGGAACAGACGGCAGUGUGUCCAAGCUGUAAUUUAUAGCCCGUGUGUGAAAAAGUCAAAAUAUACACCAGUGACCCAGUAUCAUCUCACCAUUGUAAGAAAGCUGGUGACACAAAUAUUAGCUGGCAUAUGAAUAACCAGCAACUCAGUCACCAAGCAGAAUAGUGGCACUUACAUGGCUUAUACUGAAGUGGGCAAUGCCAAAAUUGUCUAUUGUAGUUGUAUAUCUGAACUUUAUAUCCCUGUCUCUUAGAUUUGUCCCAGUCUUGUAAAACACAACUUGCUCGCAUCCACAUCUAGUAUGCCUCAGUUCUAAUAAUUAUUGAGAUACUUGUUUCAAAGAACUAAGCCUCUUGUCAUUUAAGGGCCACAGGUUUGGUCCAGGUGUUUAUUUUUUAGGUGUUUUGAUUUAUUGGCCAGAAUUUAGAUGAUUAUAACACUGAUUUACUGUGUUGUUAUACCACACCCUAUUUCUUUGAAUCUUCAGUAUGUAACAAUAAAUCAUACACAAGA